CUUGGAAACGCAGCGUUUUAGUUGGCAGUUUAGGCCAAGCAGCACCCAGCUGCUCCAGCUCUUCUUCUUCCCCAAACAAAAAUCAAUUUUUCUUGAGAGAGAGAGAUGGAGAGAGUAGCGGUGGAAAGAACCGCCGGCGGAUCAGGAUCAUCGGGGAGAGGCAAAUACACAUUAAAACCAACGAGAAUAAACAGCGAGGACAUAAUAUUUUGCGUAGAUAUCGAUGCAGAAUCAACGGUCGAAAUGAAAACUACUGGCCCAACCGGUCGACCUUUAACCAGAUUGGAAGCUAUCAAGCAAGCUAUUCUUCUCUUUAUCAACGCUAAGCUCUCUAUUAGUCCUGAUCAUCGCUUCGCUUUUUCAACUCUUUCGAAAUCCGGUUCUUGGUUCCGAAAGGAGUUCAGCAGUGAUGUUGAGUCUGCAAAUGCUGCUCUUAGGGGACUCUCAGCUGGUUCAUCUUCUUCUGGUCAAGCAGACUUGACACAUUUAUUCCGCUUAGCAGCUCAUGAAGCCAAGAAAUCACAUGCUCAAAACCGAAUUUUAAGAGUGAUUCUAGUCUACUGUAGAUCAUCUAUUCGACCACAACACCAAUGGCCGGUAAACCAGAAACUCUUUACCUUUGAUGUGAUGUACCUCCAUGAUAAGCCUGGACCCGACAACUGCCCCCAGGAUGUGUAUGAUGCACUUGUUGACACACUUGAACAUGUUAGCGAGUAUGAAGGUUACAUCUAUGAGACUGGGCAGGGUCUACGAGUCCUCCUCCGCUAUAUGUCCAUUCUUUUAGCUCACCCACAACAACGUUGCACACAAGAUGACAUUGACAUACCUAAAUCUCUAGCAAAAAGAUCUUCUGCAGCUGAUUCAGGAAAUGGUGAUGAUAGUGUUCCUGUAUCCAGCCAAUGAUAUCAUGAAUAGUUCCGCGAACGAGUUGAUGUUGUUUCUUGCCGGAUGUCUUUGAUUAAGUGUUAGCUUUAGUUUUAUGUGUGCUGUUGAGCUUUUGCUGACGUUUGAUGAGCAUAUGGGACAUUCAAACCCUGUGUUUUGUACAAGUUGUAAAUCCAUGUUUUGGAAUUUCAGUUGAUCAUUUAUAGAAUUCAUGUUUAGGAA